AUGAUCAACAAGAACGGUCAGAAUGUGUUCUCAGCCUAUCACACCACCUUAGACGACAAGAAGAGCCAAGUGGCCAGUAUCGGCAGUGUCAUUCAGCUGUCGGAGAGUGACAAGGUGUGGGUAGAGCUGUGGGGACCACCCCGAAAUGACAUCUUUGCCACUGAAGCCAACGACACUGUGUUCUUGGGGUUCCGUCUUGGUAAAACGGGAAUUGCGCAAUACCAGGAAGCAGUCGCGCAACACAAGAGGAAAGACGGAGAGACAAGUUGUAAACGAACGCACGUUGUUUUUCGCUCUCCCUGUUUAGCACCCCCCGAAGAGGCACAAGAGACCACUGAUGACCCCAAGCCAACUGGAAACAGAGGUGAUGGGCCUGACCAUGUUAAGCCAGGAAGGACCAUCGCCUUCACAGCAAAGCUGGAGAUUUCCAACAGCUAUCCGACCCACAAAGGCCCCCUGAGGUUCACAAAUGUGCUGGUGAAUGAGGGACAGGGCUACAGCCCUUUAACCGGUGCAUUCACCUGCCCCCGGGCUGGCUUUUACCAUUUUACCGUGCAUGCGUCCACCUAUGGGCGUGCACAAUUUAUGAUCAACAAGAACGGUCAGAAUGUGGUCUCAGCCUAUCACACCACCUUAGACGACAAGAAGAGCCAAGUGGCCAGUAUCGGCAGUGUCAUUCAGCUGUCGGAGAGUGACAAGGUGUGGGUAGAGCUGUGGGGACCACCCCGAAAUGACAUCUUUGCCACUCCAGACAACGACACUGUGUUCUUGGGGUUCCGUCUUGGGUAGUCACAAUAAAAAAAUAAUAAUUAUGAUCAUAAUUUGGAGUCUGCAUCUUAUAAUCCCCCCUCCCCCCUCCUAUCCCUCAUGUCCUGGGUCAGUGCAUAAGAAGCCUGAGUUGAUCAUUUCAAUGCCUGACAACUAUUUCUGAACUCUAUUCUGAUCUAUUUUUUUUCUUUUCUGCUUUUUACUUUGUGGUUAAGGUUACAUUAGUCUUGAUGCUUUUGAAUAAAUCUCCAUAUGAUAAAUUGUAAAUGGUGUUUGGCUUUACCUUGAAUGAUAUUCCUGUGCAUCUUUAAUUUGUAUUUGGAUUCACUCAAUGUACAGUGCCAUGAAAAAGUGUUUGGCCCCUUUCCAGUCGUCUGUUAUUGCAUAUUUAUCACACUGAGUGGUUUCAGAUAUUUAGACAAAAUGAAAUAUUGGACAAAGGUACACAAGGCACAAGGCACCUUUUAAAAAUUAUUUCAUCGAUUUAAUUAAUUUAUUGAAGAUCUUUCUGAAGUUUAACUUGAACUUGAACUGUAUAGUAGUAAAUAGCAAAUUUAGUUCACUGGGAGUAGUAGUCACAUUGUAUCAGAUUUGUAUGAUAACGAUCUUUACAGGACUCUUGCUUUUUUUGAGGGGUGUCACAGGUACGUAAAGAUGUAUGAAGUUGGGAUGUUUAGAUUUCUGACAGUAGCAUAUGGUUAGAUAAAUUCUACAUUCAAAAUUAUCCAUACGUACAAAUUUACAAAGAUUUAGGACUUUUCUUUACAAGGUUAUGGACCUCUAAAUAUCACAUUCUGUGCCAUAACGCAUUUUUCAGUGUAACACCCAGCAAACUUUAAAUGGCUCUACCAGGAAAAUUCUUAAGUUUUUGGGAAUUUUAUAUCUCAUCAUAGUUGAGAGCACACUGUGGUGCUCCUGUGGUAAACCUCCUGGAUUUAGUGUAGAAUGUUUUGCAUACCACAUAAUAAUUUUAAAUAAAAUCCAAUAAACAUAAUUCUAGUAAAUAAGUGUUACAUUUUUAAAAUUCCCUGUUGUAUAAAGAUGAAAAAUGCAUGUCAUCUGUCACCAUGAGGAAACUAAACAAAAGGCUGCUCGCCUUCAUUACAUUACAUUACAUUACUGGCAUUUGGCAGACGCUCUUAUCCAGAGCGACGUACAACAAAGUGCAUACCCAUAACCAGGGCUAAGUGCGCUGAAAGUCCCUAGAGGGAAGUACAAUUUCAAUUGUACUUCACCUGCUCAGGGGCGACAUGGCUCAGGCAGUAAGAG